GUUCAAUGAUAAUAUCGUACAUACAUACCCCUUCACAGCUUUUCAAGAAAGGUUGUGUGAUGCAAGUUUAAAGGGCAACCAUUAACCGUUGAAACCCCAAUUCCGUCGUCUCGGGUUGGUUACUUACUACCAGCAUAUCAACAAGAUGGCACAUCUCCCAAUCAAAGUUUUGAUAUUGACGGUCUUGAACAGUGCCCAUGGACUUCAACCAAGCCUCGAGAUAUACGCCUUCCCGUUCCUAAGUAAGAGCGUAAAAAGUAGUGACACAAUAAAUGAACCGCUCGCCUAUCGUACAGUAGCGGCAUCUCGUUGUGCUUACUUCAUGUGUUUCGUCACCAUCAUCGUCUUAAUUCCCCCCUUCCGCUUACGUUAUGCCCCUCCUCGAAGAUCCGUGAGCUGCCAGCAGCGAACAACACCCAUCUGAAUCCCCCUUUAUCUACCAUCACCACCACCAGACGUCCUCUAAGCCGUAUAAGCCCCAUUUGAAAAGAUUCUAAGGUAUUAAUCAUUCAUUACAA